CACUGGCCAAAGAAGGAAGACAUAUUUCCACAGGCUCCAUCAGGCCAGCUGCCUCCACUUCCCUCUUCAGAGGUGGCCCUUGACUUGGGGCUUGAUUUCAGACUGACAAGGCAGCCUGGGAUACAAGGGGGCUCUCCAUGGAUCUGCCUUAUUACCAUGGCCCCCUUUCCAAGAGAGACUGCGAGACCUUGCUGCUCAAGGAAGAAGUGGAUGGCAACUUUCUGCUGAGGGACAGCGAGUCGGUGCCAGGAGCUCUGUGCCUCUGUGUCUCGUUUGAAAAAAUGGUCUACACGUAUCGAAUCUUCCGAGAGAAAAAUGGGUACUACAAGAUACAGACUGCGGAAGGCACUCAAAAACAGCUCUUUCCAAGCCUAAGAGAAUUGAUCUCCAAAUAUCAAAAACCAAAUCAAGGGCUGGUGGUCCGCCUUUUAAACCCAGUAAUGAGCACACACCUGAGAUGCAGAAGAUUGAAGAUACAGUUGAAUGAUAUUUAUGCGAAUGCUAACAGUGAUUAUAUGGAAGUCUUGCCUUGAAGAUAAGGAGAUUGGACAAAGCAAGUUAGAGAAGAGAUGAAGUGACCCUGCUUCUCCUGUAGGUACAGAUCUGGAAUGCCAAACUCUUGUGGAUAAAUUCAGCCUCUCUUGGUCUAGGUAAUUGAAGAUGUUCUGUCCUCCAGCCUUAGAGAUGUCACUCCCCAUGUCCCUGCCUCCCAGGCAUACAGCAUGAGAAGCUUCGAAACCCCUCUCCACCUCUCACUCUUCUUUCAUGGAGUGGGAUAGCCUGAACCCUGAACCUAUUCUUCUCGACUUGUUAAAAGCACUAUCAUUACAUCAUGGUUGACACCCUCUUUCCAACUGGGCAAUCAGAGGGGCAGCUUUAUACAAAGGAGACUGCACUUGGCGGUGAGUUACAAGCCCUGAGUUCCCGUCCUACCUCCAUCAUUGGCUAUGGGACUUCGAACAAACACUUCCCCUCUCUGGGUCUGAGUUUCCUCGCUUAUAAAGCAAGUGGCUAGACUAAAGGAUACACAACUGUCCCAGCUCUCUGCUGGGCUGGUUUUAUCAGGUGGUGUUGGAAAGUCCCAGAGCGAUAAAGAUGUAUACAGGACCAGCCAUCACAUUCUGUACACCUGCCUGCACUGGUCUCAGUAAUCGUGGGAACCCUGACUUUACAGUUCAGCUGAUAGAACUCUCACCCACCCUUCUCCCUCAGCCUGCGUUACUGCCCAUUCAGCUCUUCUCCUUUUUAAUGUCGAUCUUCCUGCCGAACAUUGCCCUGGAAGCAGUUUCUUCCUGGUUUUGCCUAAUUCCACCUCUGCACCAACCACCUCUGCUGCAUGGAUGGUUCUCUACAGUGAUGUAUGUGGAGAGUGAAAAAGAUAUUCUCCUAUGUGUGACUCUGGUUCUCCACUAGGUUCUAAGGACAGGCCACCAAAGCAAGGCUGGGACUUCCUGGUAUCCUCCACAGUGUAUAGAAAUGUGUGCUACACAGAGCUUGUGCCCAGGAAAAAUUCAUGGAAGUUACUCACUGGAAGCCCAUUCCUGAAGGAUUUGCUGAAUUGGUUUCUACGUCCCUUUGAAUUUCUCUGCUGGUUCAAAAUGUUAACUAAAACCUGGUUAGUUCAGAACGUACCGAAUCCUAUCUAUGCCCUUUCUGUUCCCCAUUUUCAAAUCAGAGUGUUUCCUUUUACCCCAAUGGCCAGUAAGCCAGGUUGUUUGUGCUCUCGGGUCACAACAAUCCAUGGCUGCUAACAACUAAAAACAAAAGCAAUUGCCAUCAGGUCAUCUCCAACUCAUGGUGACCCCAUGUGUCUCCGAGUAGAACUGUGCUCCACAGGGUUUUCAAUGGCUGAUUUGAACCUUCACUCUUUCUGUCAGCGGCUCAGCAUAUUAACCGUUUGCACCACCUUGAGACUCCAACUAAACGAAAAGCAAAAAGCAGCCAUAUUCAGAGAGCUAAGGGUGCCAAGUCCCCUUGGUUCAGUGAACAAAAGAAGUAAGCCAACUCCCUGGGGUUCUGUUCUAUGUCUUUGAUUCUCCUUCCAUGGCGUUAAGAAGCAUGUCCCAGUUUCCAGAGCCUACAGCAAUCCUUAGCUCAGAAACUAUGUUCAAUAGUAUUUUUUGAAUAAAUGGAUACAUCAGUCCAGAAAAGGUAGUCACUCAUUCUGGAUAACAGAGAUUUGCUUGAGUUUUGUAAAUUUCAAAAUCCAUUACAUGGGGAAAAUUUGAUCAAGAUCCUUUCAUUAUCGCGCUCCUAAAAGUUAUUUCCUCUUUUCCAAGCAUCUAUGCAUAGCAUCUUGCACAAUACUUGGUCCAUAGUGGGCAUUCAGUACAUUUCUCAAAUGAGCAAGCCACAUUUAAUGGCUGAUGUUGAUGUCAUGCUGUAAAUCCCUGAAAUUUUUGAAGACCCAGAAUACCAGGUAACAUUAGGAACAGCUGAAAUACCUAGGUGUGUGGGACUGGAAGAGGGAAGACUUAAGAAACUGUAACAGCUAUUACAAGUGUUUGAAGUGCUGUUUUGUGAAAUAGGGAGUAGAAUCACUCGGUACAAUGCCAGACAGCAGAACUUGGACCAAUGACUGGUUGUUCAUAGAACAGCAGUUUUCAGUCAAAUAUAAGAAUGAACUCUGGACCCACUAGAGCUAUCCUUAUGCUCUAACAUUUUAUGUUGUAGUUCAAGUUGAGUGUGAUAUUUUCCAAGGAUGUAGGAGAGAGGAUUCUUGCCCUGGGAAGAGAUUAGACUGGCUGACUGCUAAGGUACUUUCCAAGUCAAGGAUAAUAGGAUUCUACUCUCUUAACAAUUACAGUGGGAAUCAUCUUCUUUUUUGUUCCCAGCUAGGUAUGAAGAGUUGAAUUAAUCACACUCCUUAGUUCUUAAUUCACUCUAACCAUUAGAUCAUGCAAGGCCCUUCAUU